AUGAUGGAAGUUGAUUCAUCAAUUAUUAAUAAUAUUAAGCUUAGUAAUAUUCAAUCUAAUAUAGCUACCAAUAAUUCAUUAGAUAUUGAUCCAACAACUUUUAUAUCAACUUUACCACCAAGAAAAAGAGCUAAAACUCAAGAAGAAAAAGAACAACGUAAAAUUGAAAGAAUAUUAAGAAAUAGAAGAGCUGCUCAUGCAUCAAGAGAAAAGAAGAGAAGACAUGUUGAAUUUUUAGAAGUUUAUGUUGUUAAAUUGGAAGAAAAUUUAAAAAAAUUAUAUGAUGGUUAUUCAUCAAAAUUAAUCGGUUCAGAAGAAGAUAAAUUAUCACAAAUUAAAUUAUUAGAAUUGGAAGAUGUAUCUGAAUUGAAAGAAAAAAUUCAUAGUAAUUUAAUUAGUUCAAGAAGAAGAAAAAAUUCUAGUAAUGGAGAUGAUGAUGAUGAAGAAGAAGAAGACGAAGUUCAUGAACAAAAAGAAGUUGUUGCUAAUGAACCACCAACUAAAAAAAGAAGAUUUAGUAAAAAAGAUUCACCUAAAAAAUCCUCCAUUGAUUUUAAAAUUGAAGAAUCUGAAGAUAUUAAAGUUAAACAAGAAGAUGAUUCAACUUUUUUCAAUUAUUUAUCACCAAUCAGUAUUCAUUCACCUGAACCAAAUGAUUUCAAAUUAUCCAAAUCACAACAACAACAACAACAACAACAACAACAACAACAACAACAACAACAACAACAACAACAACAACAACAACAACAACAACAACAACAACAACAACAACAACAACAACAACAACAACAACAACAACAAAUUAUACCUACCGAUCAAAUUAUCAAAUCACCUUUAUCACAAGCAUCAAACUCAUCAAUCAAUUCACCAAAUUUUGAAGAAGAUUUAAAUAUCAUUACCAAUAUAUCAUCACCUAUAUCUACUAAAACAUCAAUUAGUCAUAUGGAUUCUAAUUUAUCAUUGUUUGAAACGGGGCAAAAUUCAGCAGUAAUUUUGUCAUUUGAUUCACUAAAAAAGUUACAUUUUAAUGUUGAAAUUUACAAAAUUAAAGUUGAAACUAAUAGUUCUCUGCUUGUCAAUUCAAAAGUUUUUGGUGGAUCACUUGUAACUUGA